AUGGUGAGAACAGUAACGUCUGAUUGUUUAACUGGUGAUGACCAAACUGACUAUUUUCCUGAUAAAAUACCAGCAGCUGAACAAGGUCUUGAUUUUGGUUUCACUCUAGAAUAUCAUAAUACUUAUAAAAUUGUAACCAAUUUAAAAACUAAGGAAGUUUACGUGUUAUAUUGUUCAAGCGCAAAACCAAACAAUACUAAUAUACCAAAUACUGCUAAAGCUUUUAUUCAAAUACCAGUUAAAAAUGUUGCUGGUUUAGAAAACUCUACUGUUUCAUUUUUAGAGAUUUUAGGAGUUCAAUCAACAUUAAAAUAUGUUACAAAUAACGCAACUAUUGUUUCUCCAUGUCUACAAAAAAAUAACUCGAUAGAAUCAUUUGGCCUAAAUAUAACAAAUGUAGACGUUGUAUUUACUGAUGGAACUUCUUUAAAUUCAGGAAAAGAUGUUUCUGUUUCUAUAGAUGAUGAUUUAUCACCAAUAAGAAAAUCAGAAUGGAUCAAAUUUAUUUCUUCAUUCUAUAAUCUUGAAAAAACUGCUUUGAAUUCUUUAAAUGCGUUAAAAAUCAUUUACGCUUGUAAUAAAAAUAAUCUUGCAAACAUUCCAAACGACAAAAAGAAACAAAUUGCUUGGGUGGCUUAUAAUAAUGACACAAAUCAGUAUAGUGCAACUACAUUGGAUAUUACAAAAACAUCCGCUACAAGUUCUAUACAAGAUUUUCAAAAAAUGAUUGCAUCUGCACAUAUUGUAAUUGACCAAACAAAGCUUGUGUAUCCCAACGAUAAAUAUGAGUAUUGGAGUAAAUUAUUUGGCUAUUAUAAUUUGAAUCCAAAUGACAAAGAAAACCCUCCUCCAUACUUUAUAAAAAAUAAAUUAGUAUUUCGUACUUCUAAAACUAAAAAUGCUUUAGGUUUUAGUGAUUGGAAUGAACGUUCUUCAUCUAGACCUGACAUUGCCAUACAAGAUUUAAUAGCCGUGCAGUAUCCAACUUAUCAACCAAAUUAUAAGAUCACAUGGUUGGAAAGAUUUUUUGAUUCUGUUAGUGGAAAUAUAAUCACAAAGGAGAAUUGUACUACAGAUUUAGAAAAUGCUUCGACUCUACCAAUAAGUGAUUUUGAAUUGAAGGAUGAACCAGAAAUUCAACUUAGUGAUGUUAAGGAUGUUAAAUAA